AUGAGUCUUGCUGGAAAGCUGGUUAACCAAAUCGAGAUAAAGUCCGAUGGAGAUGUGUUUCAUGAAAUUUUUAGGUACAGACCACAUGAUAUAUCCACCAUGAGCCCUAGUAAUGUUCAAGGCUGCGAUCUGCAUGGUGAUGGGAAAGAGAAAGUGGCCAAAGUGGUAAUUGAAGCCAUAGAUGAGGCGAAGAAAUCAAUCACGUUCAAAAUGAUUGAAGGAGAUCUAAUGGAGUUUUACAAGACCUUCAUCGCAACUGUUCAUGUUGAGGCUCUGGGUCAAAGCUGCUUGGUUGCAUGGACCAUCGAGUAUGAGAAACGAAGUGAGAAUGUCCCUGACCCAAAUACUUUGAUGGAGUUAGCCCUUAAUAUCACUAAGGAUAUUGAGACUCACCAGCUCAAAUGA